UAUGCUCCGCGCGCAACGCGCUUCAGUUUCUUUUCGACGUUCGCGUUGUACGCUCGUUGGUUUCGUCCCAAGUGUGUAUCUGCGUGGCAGCUACAGUGAUUUACGUGCGCUAAACGUUUUUUUCUUAACCUGACGGUGCUGCAUUCGGUAUCGCAAAACAUAUUUAUUUAGUGAAUACGCCUUCUAUGGUAUAUUAACCACGCGUUUGUGUGUCGGAAGAGAGCGUAAUUUGAAAAAAAAAAAAAAUCACUACAAAUAUAAAUUUGAAAUUUUCAAAGGAAAUUUUUACACAGAUUUUGUGUUGGCGUUGUGCCAAAACGUAAAGCAAAACAGCUGUCAAUGCUAUCGUGGGCCCCUACUGACAGUUGACAGUGCUUUUGUUGUUUGCUUGUGAACACCCGCACGGCAACCCUUCAACCCUUCAGUGGCGUAAGAAAUAUUUAUUUAAAAAAAGAAGCCACAAAGAAAUAGGCACUGAAAACACCUGUCCAGUAAAUAGUCAACGGAAAAUUUUCAAAAAGAAAGUUUCAUAAAAAUUUUACUGUGACCACAGUGUGCAAAAAAAAAAAUACGUUAUUUCAAAAAAAAAUAGUUUUCAAAAAUAUUUAUUUCAAAAGUUUAUGAAUUCACAGCCAAUUCUGCAAAACCCUUCCUUUACAAAGAUAACAAUAACAGCAAGCGCAUUGAAGAAACUUCAACGUUGCACAUUUUCAAAGUCAAGCCCACUUGCCGCAACCCACUCGCUGCACUGCGACGCUAAAGCGCCGCGUCCAUCACAACUGUCAAGUGCCAAAAGUGAAUUUCACACCGUCGAAAGGCGCGAAGCCUAGCUAUUUGUAAAGACAAGACAGCCGCAACAUAACGGCACACAGAAGAAAUCACUCGAAGGGACACCUACACACUCACUCAGAACAGCCUGUCUGCUGUUGCCUUAAGCUUUAUACUAUAUCUCGUAACGGUGUAAAUGUUUGUAUGUUCAGAAGCGCGUGGACAAAAGUGCAAGUGUAUCAAGUGAAAUUGUAUAUAGCGCGCGAGUGUGUGUGUGUGUAAGCGUGUAUUCGCAUUGGCCUGCAGCAGCCAAAAAUCGAGUCAUUAAAUCCUUUUUCCACCGGCGCCAACAAUAGAGUGCAGACGCCUUCACCUCUGCCAGCGUCAAAGCCACGCGCUUACAACCGCUGCCGCUACACGAGCUCACGCGCACUAAUUAACAACAUUAAACGAAACAACCGAUACGCGUGCAUGAAACUUUAUGCGCCUACUUACAUAUUUACAUAUCACUUUACUAGAAACUGCAGUGGAAGGAAGCUGUUGCUUCAACACCUCGGCUUUGUUCCUGUUUAUAUUUUCGCUAAAACUCGGCGCGCGGCCAGUCAAAGUAUCUGUCGCCCCCCCAAAACCAAAAAGAAUAGUCGCGCUUUCGUCACCUACUUGUUUAAUUAGUGCGCGCGUUCGCCUACUUGGCUCAUCGCCGAGAAGUAGACUUUAUUAAUUCUAUGCAUUAGCGCGUCAAGGCGCGCAAGCCCAACGUGGCAGCAAUAGCAACAGCUGGGGCCGGUGAUUGUCGUUUCCCCCCCACUCACCCAAAACAAAAUUUACAAAACAAACACACACACAACGCGGGUGUUACGUUAAUUGUAUAUAUGCGCGUGUGCAUGUGUGUGUAGAUGUGCAAUUUUCUUAGUCGCCAAAGUGUCUCUAUGUAUGUACGCGUUGCAUAGCCGACGGCAACAAUCGUACUUAAUACACACAUAAAUAUAAUCAAGUUAUAGUGUAGCUUACAAUAUCAGCAACGCUUGUUGCAACUAAAGUGCAAAGUGACAACUUUAUUAGUGUGCUAACACAAAUACAACAACAACAACAACAACAACCACAGUGCAACAACAGCAGCAAGCUAGUGAAUUGAAUUAGCUUCAAGAAGUGUAAUAACGCGAACUACAGCAACAAUUGUUAACGGCUUUGAGGCCUCUUACCACGGCGGCGGCGUGUUAAGCGAAAGCAACAAAAUUCUAACCGAAUUAUCGAAAACGCCCCUUAGGGCUGUCGCGCUGGCGUCAUUUCUGGGCGACGGUUUUGCCGCGCUCGGUUCAAGAACACCAUCGGUUAAGGAUCUAAUGGCGUUCGGAUCCGUUUUACAUAACAAUCAACAUAAUAUCGGACGCAGUGAACCGCCCGUUGGUAUUGGUGAUCCGUGUGCGGGUUGUAAUAAACCAAUAUUAGAUAAAUUUUUAUUAAAUGUCCUUGAACGCGGAUGGCAUGCAUCCUGCGUACGUUGCUGUGAAUGCCUUCAACCGUUAACGGAAAAAUGCUUUAGUAGAGAAUCGAAAUUAUAUUGUAGGAAUGAUUUUUUUAGGCGUUAUGGCACAAAAUGCAGUGGCUGCGGUCAAGGCAUCGCUCCCUCCGAUCUCGUGCGUAAGCCACGCGAUAAAGUAUUCCACCUCAAUUGCUUUACAUGUUGCAUCUGCCGCAAACAGCUCAGCACUGGUGAACAACUUUAUGUGCUGGACGACAAUAAAUUUAUCUGCAAAGACGAUUAUCUGCUGGGUAAAACGCCUGGCUGUGGGCAUAAUUCACUGAGCGAUUCAUUAAUGGGUUCCGCCAGCGAAGACGAAGAUGACGAUGAUCCGCCACAUUUACGCGGGCCACCGCUCGGUUUGGGCGUAUUGGGACCAAAUGGGCCAGACUCAGCGGGUGGACCAUUGGGAGCAUCCGAUAUCUCAGUACAAAGUAUGAGCACGGAUAGUAAAAACACGCAUGACGAUUCCGAUCAGGGUUCCUUAGAUGGUGAUCCUGAUGGUCGUGGCGAUUCGCAAGCGGAGAAUAAGAGUCCUGACGAUGCGAACGGCUCAAAGCGACGCGGUCCGCGAACGACGAUAAAAGCCAAACAAUUGGAAGUACUGAAAACGGCAUUUAAUCAAACACCGAAACCGACACGGCAUAUUAGGGAACAAUUGGCCAAGGAGACGGGACUGCCGAUGCGUGUGAUACAGGUUUGGUUCCAGAACAAACGUUCCAAGGAGCGACGCAUGAAGCAAAUCACCAGCAUGGGUCGACCACCGUUCUUUGGUGGCGCGCGUAAAAUGCGCGGCUUUCCGAUGAAUCUCUCACCUGGUGGUCUUGAUGAUGGUCCUGGUUUCCCGUAUUUUGCCGCUGAUGGGAAAUUUGAAUUUGGCUAUGGUGGUCCACCGUUUCAUCCGCAUGAUGGUCCGUUCUUUCCAGGACAUCCGGGUGGGCCAAUGCCAUUUAAUACACCAGGUAGGUUUUGCGGUCCCAUGGAUCACACCGGUCCCAUACCGAUGGUAAAUGAAUUUGGUCUCACACCCGAAUCGCAAUUCCUGAGUCAAGCCGGUGGACCACCAAUGAGUAUACAAUCCGCUGGAGGACCACCACCGCCUGAACAUUUACUGGCUGCGGCGCAACAGCAAGCACAGCAAGUGGCGCAACAACAACAGCAACAACAAGUAGUGCAACAACAACAACAACAGCAGCAACAACAGCAACAACCAAAUGGCCCGCGCUCAGCAUCACCGGAAUUCCUAACAGCGGCGAGUUUCAGUGAACCAUCGAAUAUGCAAAACGAGGGACUGGUUUGGUAAUAUACGAAACAAUUGGCCAAUCGGCUGCUGCUGCUCAAAACGUUAAGUGCGCAACAACAACAACAACAACAGCACCAACAACAACAACAACAUCAAAUGCAACUACAAUUGCAAGCACCGCCUACGCCUACAUCGCUACUGCCGCCACCGCCACUACAACCACCACCACCACCGCCGCCGCCGCCAACAACAAUACCAAGUGGUGCAGCGAGCUCUGCCUCAGUCGAAGCUGAAACAAUGGCUGCGCUCUUGUUAA